AUGCAUACCCACAGCACUAGAAACAACAUUCAGUUCAUAACCUUUAUUAGACGGUACCGAACGAAAUCGAAUGUGCACGCACAAACGUCAAAUAAAAUUGAAUUUAUAGUUUUGAUUGAACUUUGUAAAAAUAGAUAUUUAUGCCUGGAAUUAUCCAGAGCCUACUCGUUCUUGGGGCCCCAACCCCAACAAAGGGUCUUCAGGGCUUCGGAUCUAGUAAAAGGGGAACUUUUGGGGCAGGGGUUUUUCGAUCAAGUUUUUAAAGUGACCACAAGGGACACGGCCGAAGUGAUGGUGCUGAAAGAACUGUUCAGGGUGGAUGAGGAAGCUCAGUUCAGAACUUAUUAA